UUCAAAACCCAGACCGCCAUCAGCUUUGUUUGUGAAGUGAACAUCUAUUGACAAGCCCCAGUCUGUGAGAACCUCCACUUGGCCAUAAGUGAAAGUCUUUCGUGUGGAGUUGGUUAUACCAGUAGUUCCCCACUGGUACGAUGACUUCAUCGAGCCGUUCCACCGGUAAGAGGUUACCCAUUAGCUGUCAAGCAUGCCGUACGAGGAAGAUACGCUGCGCCCGGGACGGACGCCCAUGCCAAACAUGUGUCCGGCGAGGGUUAGGAGCUGAAGACUGCGUCUACUUAGGCCAGCCUCGUUUAUCGUCAGAGAAUACAUUGAAGGCAGACGCUACUUUGCACAAAGAGUUGCUGGUGCGCAUCCGCAACCUCGAAGACACCUUGCACAAACAGACUGGGUCACACAUAAGCGAUUCCCUUUCACCACAAAUGUCUCCUAGUAUAGCUGGGAGCUUCUCUGAACCUGAAAGUUCCCUCGGCCUCGGCCAAUCUGAGAUCAGGAGCCCUUUGUUGGGCAACUUUGGUACUCUCCAGACCUUUCCUUCAGGCUAUGUACGUUAUGUCCCACUGGCGUCUCAGUGGGGCUCAGGGACCGGAGGUCCAAUGCAAGAAGUCGAUUCCGACAUCCCAGAGGAUGACGAUGAUUUGCAAAUUCCCUUUGCCAAAAACAGCAUUUCCAAAGAAGAGUUACUAACCAUGCUUCCUCCUGGCCGAUAUUGCGAUGCGUUAAAGGAUGUCUACUUCCGAGUAUUUUCUCCUAUGUUCCAUAUUCUACAUGACUUAACGUUUGCAGCUGAAUAUCAGCGGUUCUGUCACGACCCAGGCAGUGUGACCACAGCAUGGAUUGCCCUUUUAUUUAUCAUAUUGGGUAUCGCAGUCACUGCCCUUGAUGACGAUGAUCCAUUGCUAACCGACCUGGGCCGUGAGAAGACGGUUAGCCGUAACAUUAAAGCUUUGUCGUCGCGGUAUCGCUCAGCAGCGCUGCGAUGCUUGGCAGCUGAUGGUGUGUUUUCUCGCCACUCCAUCAAUUCUCUCCAGUGUCUCGUCCUCGUCAACUACGCGCGAAUCAGCCGUGGACUGCCUACGUGGACUUUGUUGGGCUUUACCCAUCAUGUCGCAAUCUCGAUGGGUUGUCAUGUCGACCCGGGACGAUUUGCCUUGGGGCCUAUCGAGCGCGAGGAACGCAGGCGUGCCUGGACCGGAUUCAUGAUACUGUACAUUGGCCAGAACAACACCUUCGGCGGUCCUGAUCAGAGGAUACACUCUCAAGAUGUACAGUUUCCAUUGGAGAUAAACGACGUGGACCUACUCACAGGGGAACUCUCGGAGCCCACAACCCAUCCCACCCAGAUGACCUACCUCUUGCUCGACUACCAGUUAGCCAAAAUCUCUUCAAUGAUCUGCGAAACCCUCUUCACAUUCAUGCCAAAAUUCAGCGUCCCCCAGAUCGAGACUGAGAUAUUGACUAUCCACGAAACCUGCGAUAAACGAUACCAGCUCGACGCCAGCAGCGAAACCCCCCCAACCCACCACCUAGCCAACCUAAACAUCUUAUACGGUCACCUCCACCAGCUAUUCCUCCUCGUCCUCCGACCUAAUCUAUGCCGCUACCUCCAAGGCGAAGUCACAGCCGAGACGUGCGCCGCAAGAGCCAAAUGCGCAGCAUCGGCCAAGGCAACCCUAGCAAUCUACCAGUCCCUCCACGACCUGCCCCAAUACUCCACAUACAAAUGGUACAACAGCGGACUGGGAAGCUUCCACGCAUUCCACGCUGCCGUCGUCCUCUGCGCCAUUCUCAUGCACCCAGAUAGCCAGUUUGAAUCAACCGAGAUCCACGACCUCCUCUGGCGAUCCCUCGAAACCCUCGCGGCUCUCUCAAACCGCAGCAACUUCUGCAGUAAAGCCGUGCCCGUUCUCCGCCAGCUUCUAGAUCUAGCCAUUACCCGGACCCAACAGCAACAGCCACAACAGCAGUCAUUAGGAGCACCCAUAGGCAUGGCCAUCCCAACCUCAUCCCCAACCCCAUUCAUCCAACCCUACCUCUCCCCUUCGAUAGAAUACAUGCCAGAACCAUUAUUCUCGCAACUUCGACCCCAGAACUGGGUGAGUCCGUCUUCUGUCCAAUGGGACGGAUGGAACUUCCUCGCCCAGGAGCAAAGGCAUCACCCGCGCCAGUCUGGACUGGGGUGAAUUUUAUGGCUAGGCCCGCUUUUCAUCUGUCUUUUGUCUUAACUGCAGACAUCAUGGAUGUCGUAUAGACUAUGCUAUUCCCGGUUAGAGGGAUGGGUCUUUGGUCGUGCGAUAGCGAUUGGGAGUGUCCAGUUUGGCAGUCUAGCUAUACUCUGCAGAGAAAAGCUAGAGCGAGGUCACUGGCGGCAUAUCGGAGUUGAUCCGAUGGUAAGACUACGUAUACGAGCUUGAUGUCAUGAAUGAUUGCGGGGAUCGCUUGCAAGAGCCGCCCAGGUGGUUCUUCUUACCCCGCAUCUAAUUACGAAUCUGGACUCAUUCCACGCUUUAUGUGGGGGUAUAUUUACCGGGGGAUGAUUUUACGAAAGGUGAUCUAGACCUUCGUCUUUAUUCAUAUCAUCCAA